AUGUCGCAAUCGGAACAAUCUGUCAGUGGGAUUUACGACAAGGAUAUGUCGACUUCGAAGAAUAGCUCAACUCUCAGAUUAAACCAAGAGGGUGCUGUUGGUCAGGAGCGCGAUUGGAUGGAUCAUGAUACCGACUCGGAAAUCAGUGAACACGACUUCCUCACCAAAGGUGCCUUUCUUCUCACACCCAGUCAUGAGCUGACCGUCGAAAAGGCUGCUACCAUUUGCGACAAGAUGAACUUUCGAGGGGCCUUUUCGCUGACAAAGACAGCCACUGGGAUCCUGUUCAAGUUCAGCAACAUCGACGACUUUCAGGCGGUGUACAAAAAAGGAUUUCAUAAAGUGACUGGCGCGAGAUUCUAUAAAAAGGUGGCAAUCCCCUGCAGGCCUGCUAAAAUAUUCACUGUCUAUGUUCUUGACGUCCCUGAGGAGCUGCCGGAGGAUGAUAUAAGACAUGCGCUCUAUAAAUAUCGGUCUAUUGUUGAGGUCACCAGGUUACCACUCAACACGGCGACUGUUUUGAAAGCAAUCAACGACAAGUUGAAGAGCGAGAACAGCAACGAACCACCGACAAUUUACACAGGACCACCAGUAAUCCGCGUGACCCUGGCAAGUGUUGAAGAAACAUCGAUGCUCUUAAGCCGCGGCCUCGAUUUCUACGGAGCAACCUUCUUCCCAACAGAGACUCCUCAUCCGAUAAGCGCCAAUUUGGCCAAGUAUAAAAACAACAGCUGUUCAAAUGACAGAUGGCUGGAAUUAGCUUCGUUGGGCGCCGGGCAGCGGGUCCGGGAUCUGCUUCCAGUUUUCGAUAAUGCUGGGUUCACUAAAUUGCCACCGCCGGCAUCUCGCGUUAUUAAGCCACAGAGAAAUUGA